AUGCUUGUAAAUAUGCUUACAAGAUUCUUAGGGAACUAUACAUUUGCCUUAUAGCAUGAGAUUUAAACCAUUCUUUUUAGUUUCAACAAAGACUUAAACAAAUCAUGUAAUGAGACACCGUUCUUUACUUUCAAUAUCAGUAUAUAACCACUUACACAUUACAAAUGUUUGCUGACUUUUUGGAAGAAAUAACCGUUGGCAAUGCACCACCUUGUCGGAAACCUACAAGCCGCUAUUCUACGCUCAGCUUUUGAUAAUUCUUUUAGCCUAUCGUUCAGUUAUAUAACUAAAAGUUCAAAUCUGGUAACACACGAAGGCAAUGUGGGCUCAAGUCGCAUGUCCUCAGAAGAAUUGGCGGAAUGACAGAACAAAUCUGUUACGAUACUAUCUAAAACCGAGUCGCAGGUAUAGAUGCAAUAAUCAGUGCAUGUAACUUGGUGGAGUUAUUCAGUCAUGAUUACAUCUUGUUCUAUCAGUUGUGAUAUAUAAAGGUUGCCAACUGGAACUUGACCUAAAGAUCCCAAAAGCUCUAUUUUAUUAUUAAUUGAAAGAAUUUUGGUAAUUUUGACCAACCCAGAAGACACGUUAACAUUUUUGACAUCCUUUUUCCAGUUUCACACUCUUUCAAAAUCCGAAUCCAAGUUAUACAAACCAAAGGAAUUGUAAUAAUUUAACACUAAAAGAAUUUGAAGAUGUCUGCCCAUGAUUUAUUGUACCUUGUUCCCACUACCGUUCCUCCAAAGGUUGUGCGAGGCGAUGGUGUCUACGUGUAUACAGAUGACAAUAAAAAGAUUUUAGAUGGAACUGGUGGUGCAGCUGUUUCCAGUCUUGGACACGGAAACAGAGAAGUGAUUGAAUAUAUAAAAAAUCAAGCGGGAAAGGUCUGCUAUGUCCAUAACAUGGCCUUCACAAAUGAACCCGCUGAAGAAUUAGCACACAUGCUCGUCUCUAGAAAUCCAGAUGUCUUUGCGCGUGCUUACUUUGCUAACAGUGGAUCGGAAGCCGUGGAAUCAGCUAUCAAGUUUGCUUUGCAAUAUUGGCAACUCCGUGGUGAACAUGAACGAACCCAUUUUGUUUCUCGUAAACAAUCUUACCAUGGAAACACACUAUUUUCUCUUGGUAUUGGCAAAAUGAUCUCUCGCCGUGCUCCUUACGAAGGUGUAUUCCCUAAAGUAACAUCCUUUGUGGAUCCUUGCUACACAUACCGCCACAAGAAGGAAAACGAAACAGACGAACAGUAUGUGUAUCGUUUGGAAAAGCAACUUGAAGACGAGUUUUUGGUCGUCGGUCCCAAUCGAAUUGCAGCUUUUAUUGCUGAAACCGUUCCAGGAGCUGGUCUCGGUUGUACACCACCAGUUGAUGGCUAUUUUAAGGCCGUUCGUCGCUUGUGUGACAAGUUUGGCAUUCUUCUCAUUCUUGAUGAGGUCAUGUGUGGUUUGGGUCGAACUGGAACCUUCCAUGCUUGGGAACAAGAAGGCAUUACUCCGGAUAUUCAAACUAAUGCCAAAACCCUAGCAGCCGGUUACCAGCCUAUUUCCAGCGUCCUCGUUGGUCAUCGUGUUUUCAAAACUUUUGAGGAAAGCGGUACUCAACUAGCAAACUUCCACACUUAUCAGGCCCAUCCAUUAGCUUGCAGCGCAGCUGUGGGUGUGCAAAAGAUUAUGGCUCGUGAAAACCUCGUUCAAAAGGUUGCUUCGACCGGUAAAUAUUUGGAGGAACAGUUACAUAAGACCUUCGACUCCCAUCCUCAUGUAGGUGAUAUCCGCGGUAGAGGUUUGUUUUGGGGUCUAGAAUUCGUAAAAGACAAAAAAUCGAAGCAAUGGUUUGAUCCCAAGCAUAAGGUUGGAGCUUUGAUUAGCAAAGUAGGAAUCAAAAACGGACUUUUCCUUAAUCCAGGCGCAGGCACCUACGACGGUGUUCACGGCGAUCAUCUAAUGGUGGCUCCUCCCUAUGUUAUAACGAAGGAAGAAGUUGAUACACUGAUUUCUAUCUUAGCCAAGUCAAUUGAUGAAGCUAUAGCCAGUUUGCCAAAUUAAUGACUCAUGAAUCCCGAUUAAUGAAAUUUUAUGUUUUUAUUCUUUUAGAAAUUGGUUUAAUUAAUAAAAUUCAUUCAGGUAUUUUUAGAUUAUUGAGGAGUCUAAAGUACUUCUCUUAAAUUAUAUCUUAUCCAUA